AGCGCGGGAGGUCUUACUCCGAGAGCAAGGGAUCCCCUUAGCUACUAGUUAGUCAGUCAGCCAAGCCCGAGACCAAUGCUACCCAUAUCGACACACACGACCGCCGCUAUUCUCGGACUCGUCCUGAGUACGUUCGUGCGGAUCGCGUCAGCGGCGAACUACAAGCGUGUGGCAUGCCCGGGUGGCACGCACGUCGCCGUUCGCAAGGAGUGCUGUGUGUUUUAUGACCUGAGGGACGAUAUGCAGGAAAACCUGUUUGAGAAUGAAUGUGGGGAUGCAGCACAUGAAAUGCUCAGACUCACUUUUCACGAUGCAAUUGGGUACUCACAGUCUGGACAAUACCCAGGACAUGGUGCAGACGGCUCGAUCAUAGUGUUCCAUGACACUGAACUGGCAUUUCGCGGUAACAACGGCAUCGAAGAUGCCGUAUUCUCACUCUUGCCGUUCCUCUCCAAGUACAAUGUCUCUGCGGGAGACAUUGUACAAUUCGCAGGCGCAGUCGGACUUUCCAACUGUCCCGGUUCUCCUCGGUUAGAAUUCUUAGCAGGAAGACCAAACGCAACCAAACCCACAAGCGGAGAUACAAUCCCUUCGCCGGCGGAUAAAGCAGAUGCACUCAUCGCACGUCUAGGAGACGCAGGUUUCUCCGCAGAAGAACUCGUGCACCUCAUGGCGAGCCACUCAGUUGCAAGGGCUAGGCAUAUUGACCCGACUGUCCCACGGGCAGCACUAGAUUCCACUCCUGGGGUUUUCGAUUCUCAGUUCUACCUUGAGGUACUACUGAAAGGCCAAGGGUAUCCCGGAAACGGAAGUGGGAACCCGUUCGAGGCAUCCUCGGCUUUGUAUAGCGAAGGAGGGCUGCGUUUUAAUUCCGACUCUGAGCUAGCACGAGAUAGUCGAACGGCGUGCACAUGGCAGUCCAUGAUCAGCAACCAACAGCUUAUGAUGAAUAGCUUCCAACAAGUAAUGGCAAAGCUCGCUGUCACAGGCCAGGACAAGUCAAAGCUUAUUGACUGCUCUGACGCUAUUCCAGAACCAAAACCUCUCUCGGAAAGCCAGGAUCAACAUACUGCUGCAUACCCUCCAGGGCAAUGCGUAAAAGACGUGCAGAAAUCUUGUUCAUCACCAUUCCCUGUUGUUCCUAUAACAUUCGGCAAGCCAUCCCAGAUUCCGUCUGAGCCAUAA